UUUUCUUUUUUUUGGAGAAGCAAACUUAAAUGGCACGAAGGGAAGCGAGUGCGUCAUUUGGUGGGAGACGGCAGAAGAAUUAAAGGUUCAGAUUGUGAACUAAGAGUACUGAAGGCCUCACCUCUCUCCAGAUGUUCCUCAGCUGGAAUCCAACAGCAUCCGUCCUCGAUCCAGUUUAUUCAGCUUCACUGACAUCAGAAUUUACUGGCAGUGUGAGGCCGAGGAGUCCCGCCGGGAUCUGAGGGGGAGGACGGACCCCCAACUCGGAUCCUGAAGGGACCAGCUGUUGGGCUUCACGUGGACCAACACAUCACUUCUGUGGGCUUUUUUCUUUUUGGCGCUUCUGAUUGGAUGUCACCUCAGUUCAUCUGUCAGAAAUAAGGGAGAAGUUUUCAGAAAGCUGAGGAGGCGGAGGGUGGAUUACUUAGAGGAGUCCAGAGGAGACUUUUGGAGAAUUUAAAUGGAUGUUGAAGGAGCUCAUCUGUGGGACAACGGAGCGGGAUUCAUGCACCUAAAGGAGGUUCUUGUGAAACAUCUGGACGGAUACAGAACACCAUCCAGGAACCGAUUCUUCAUUUAAGAUGAAAUAUUAGAUUUUUAUUCAGACUUUUUUGACUGAAUUUGCUGCUGUUGCAUGCCAAGCCUCCCACUUCCACACACAUAAUUUGUCGUUCAUUAAUCUCUGAACGGAUCUAGCUUAAUUAGGACGCCUGUGAUUAUACAUUUUAUCAAAGAUGCUGCUUCUUAAUGACUUCCAGCCUUCAUCUGAGACUGUAACUGCAUCAUGCUGAACAUUCAGCUCUGACGCUGACAUUUUUGACUCAAUUUUGACGCCAGAAGCUUUUUUAAAGUCUGUUUAAGCUUGAACAGAGCUGCCAUCUCAAAACAAAGCCUCUCAUCAAGCACAGUAAUUAUUUCUUAGAUGUCUGUCAGUAUUUAAGCUCGGUGUUUUUUAUCACCAAAUGUGCCACCGUUUGUGAACCCGACGCUCCGGUCCGGCCCCUCUCAGCUCCUCUGUUCCCGUCACCGCCAUGGUGAUGUCGCAGGGCACCUACACCUUCCUGGCCUGUUUCGCCGGCUUCUGGUUGGUCUGGGCGCUCAUCGUCAUGCUCUGCUGUUUCUGCAGCUUCCUGCAGCGUCGGCUGAAGCGCCGCCGUGAGGAGAGGCUGAGGGAGCAGUGUCUCCGGACCGUGGACAUGGAGCCGCUCAGCUGCCAUGCCGCCGGAUAUCCGCCGCCUCCUCCUCCUCCCCCGCCGGCGCCUCCGUGCCCUCCACAGCUGCCCAGAGAGCCGCCUCAGUUCUGCCCUCCUCAGGCGCUUUCACCACCACCACUUCCUCUGCAGGUUCCUCAUCCGAUGCCGCAAGCGACCUGGGUCAGCAUGCCAGACACUGAUAUCUUCGGGAAGCCGCCCUGCUACGAGGAGGCCGUCCUGAUGGAGGAUCCUCCGCCGCCCUAUAGCGAGGUCCUGGCCGAUCCGCGAGGAGGAACCUACCUGAAGCCCGGCCCGCUCCGAGCACCGCCGCCGCCUCUGAGGGAAACCCACGAUCCGGCUCCGGUGUUCACCUCCGAGACCAGCAAGCCCCUGGCGACGACCGUGUUCCCCGACCGAGGCUACUCCUCCCUGAUCCGCCUGCCUUCGUCCCAGCGCUGGGACUCCCUGGGUCACCUCCUGUCCAACAUGGACCUCAACCACAACACCCUCACCCCACCGGGCCGCUCGCUCCAGGCCGCCGCCACCAUGGCAACCAUGCCCCGCCGGGAGCCCAGGACUCAUCAUGAAGGACUAAGAGGUGGAAUACAAGGACUUCAGGGGGGUUUCAAGGAGGCCUGCAGGGGCUCCAGGGCAUUCACGGACUGAGAGGUUUGGAGCCCAGCUGUGGGAUGCCAACAGCCUUCCCCCUGCUGGGUCGGAGCACCGCCGUCUAGACCUGGCCUCCGACAGGAGUUUAUUUAAAGAGUCUUUAAGCAGGAGGUCUGCCUGCCUCAGUGUUCACCGCCGCUAGAAGUAGAGAUUUAACUCCCCGAACAGCUGAAGGAGGGUUAAAGUGCUGCAAAAGCGUCAGGAGUUCAGUUCCCCCAGCGGCUCUGUGGGCGAUUGAUGCCACUUACUCUGCCGGGAUCUUAGCUUUGAGCUCGGCGUGUGGGUAAAGGAGGAAAUUACACACAGUUUUCCGAGCGGUGUUGUUGAGUCAUGGAGGUAUUCUGGUGUCACAUUGAAGCUAAUUGAGUCUUUUGAAGAAAAAAAGAGCUCGAACAGCGAUCGAGCAGUGAGCACAGCUGCUUCUCCGCCUCUAUUUCCACCUCCAGCUCCCCUCUUUGCCCUCUCAUUCAUCCCCGAUCUCCUCUCCCGGCGCCUCAGCAACCUAUUGUACCAGCUUGCUGUUGCCAUGGCUCCCGGGAGCUGUCUGUUGCCCACGGCGACCUCUCCUCUUUUAUCUGCUUUGAUUUUGUCCAAGACUCCGUCGCCUCUCGAUGACUGUGGGCUUUAACGGUGACAAAAGCACACGUGGUGGUGACCUUCGAGCUGAAGGCCAGUUUUCAUAAAACAUUUUUAAAAGGCAGAAUCCAUAGAGACCGAGUGGAUUUCAUUUUGUAUCACGCUGCUUCGUUGUUUUCUGUGUCGUCUUUGCUCCAAACAGUCGGUGGGGCCCCUUUAUUUUCCUGGAUGAUGUCAGCCGGAUUUCAAGAAGAAUUUUUCUUGUACAAACUUAAUAUCAUUCUUUUAAAGUUUGUGACAAAUAAUGCCUUUUCACUUGUGAAAUAAAAACAUCUUCAUCUGCGA